AUGGCCAACGACAUCCCCUGGUACAUCCACCUUCCGCUCUUCCUCCUCUUCCAACUCCCCAACUACAUCGGCAUCUCCGUCUGGCAGCACUUCUACACCAAAACCACCAUCCACCCCACCUGGAGCCCCGCCCGCUCCACAAACACACGCACCGACAUGCGCGGCGAGUUCGCCGGCAUCCUCAUCUUCAGCGCCCUCUCGGGUCUCAGCCACCUCUACGCCUGCACCAAGAUCCUCCUCCUCCCGCUCAUCAUCGCCUUCGACGACAACGAGCUCCCAGGCACCCGCUCGCCCACCCGCCGCUCCACACUCGUCUUCAUCCUCUACCUCGCCGGCAUCGUCCUCCUCACCCUCUUCUCGUCAACCGUCAUGUUUGUCGCCCCCUUCGUCACCCCAGAGUGGAGCUGGAAAAGCACCUACAAGCACGCCUGCGACGGAAUGGACCUCCGCGUCCACCUCGACACCCCCGGCGUGCGCCAGGCUAACGAGGUAACAUUCGAGGACCGUCUCUCGGGGACAAACUUCACCAUGGCAAUGAGCCCGGACCCUGUCGCGGCGGGCUACGACGCCAAGGGCCUCUACAGUUUCAAUGUCACCAGCGCUGGUGGCGGCGCUGGUGCGCCCGGGUGGGCACGGGUCGAGUACAACAUGGAGUUUGGCUGGUACACCGUGUAUUCGCGCAACAGCAGCAUCUUUGCGCACGGGGUGUUUGAGACGGGGAAGCAGUUCCGGCUGCCGGAGAUGCAUUUGGCGGGGGAUUUGGCGCUGUUUGAGAGUCGGUGUGUGUUUGAUCCGACGGUGCAGAUGCGCGAUGCGCGCGAGAGGGAGGGGGAGGUGUUGGUGAAGACGGUGCAGUUUAGGAUCUGUGGGGGAUUGGUGGUGUGUGCGAAGGGGAGUGUGGGGAAGCAGGUGGCGGUACCCGUUGGGUUGUUGAUGUUGGGGAGGGCGAAGAGGGGUGGGGGGUGCUGUAUGUCGAAGUAUAGAGUGCCUGGCGUGGAGGGGAGGGAUUAUCAGUAG